UUCGAGAUGUGCUUCUUUUCGAGUAUACUUUGUAAACUGAAGAGAGGGGCUUCUUCUCGAGAUUAAGUCCAUUGGUAUUGGAAGUUUUACGGUAGUCAAAUAGUAUAGUAAACACAUUGUUUUCAUCUUUAUAAGUAAUUGGGACUCCGGACAACCAAGUCUAGAUGGCCGUUGGACUGAUCCUGACUGUGCACAAAUAAGAAAAAGCAAUCAUCGUUGGAACGACGAAGAAUGCAGUGACAAUGCAUACGAUGGUUACAUAUGCAAAACAUAUUAUUGUAACGUUGCCAACUGUCAGUCUCUAUCGUUUGUCCUAAAUCCUCGCAAAUGUAAGUGUACAUCAUGUGCAAGUCAGUAUUAUUUGGCAUCAGAAACCUCUUGCCCAGCAUGCACCGCUAUCUCUUACUGUGAUCUUGUCAGUUGUACAACGGCAACUAAUCAAAAUUGUAUGAAGUGCAAUGGUGAUUAUGGAACGGCUUUGGGCCAAGCGUAUCUCAAUAAAGUAACUAUAUGUGAAGAGAAUUGCUCUUGGAGAUCGAGCAGUACUAUCUGCUACCCAGGGACUUGUCCAGAUGGCGAAGACAGCUGCACAUGUGCAUCUGGAUUUACUGGAAGUGACUGCAGAACAUUGACAUCAAGUCAGACACCCACCAUGAACUAUUGUCUGACAAAACUUCAUGAUAACUCUAGUGGCACAUUGGAGUUACAGUGUGAGGAUAAUGGGCACACAUCAUAUGUUCGUAUUACGACGUUGAAACAUUUCGAGAAUGACUGGAAGAGUAAUUACUACCAGCCGACUGUUGCUUUUCCGCCUUAUAUAUCCAGCUUUGCACUCGGGAUGAUUCGAGGUGUCACAUUUGCGACUAUCUAUAAUAAAGCUGGAACAAAUAGCAAGGAAGUAGCAAGACUUGCUUGUAGUGAUUUGGCCAAUCAGAACGACCCUCGACAGUCUCUUUACCACUGUAAUGGAACUGACGCUCUUGAUUUAUCAGGAUGGGCUUUUGCAACUGGAGACAGAAUUACAGUUGUUGUGGAGGUUGAAAACGGUGGUUACGUAACUGUUGAAGACCGUGACACAAAUUCAAGAUCUAAGAGGUAUUACACUGGACGUACACUUACGAGAACGGGAAAUUACGUAUUUGAUUUCGUUGACCCUAUUCACUGCUCUGUCGCAAUGUCAUGCUCUCUUGAAUUGUUUAACUGCGGAAAUGAUAUUACAAAGCAGGGAAACAUCAUUGUAAGCUGGUCUACCGGUACGUCUGGAUGGACUGAUCCUGAUUCUGGUAUCAAUAAGUAUAAGUAUGAAAUUAGAAAAAUGUCAGUACAAUCUGAUGGUAAACUGGAGGAAGUGUUGACUGGUGAUCCAGUGGCAAUUGGUGAAACCAAUGGAGGCACUCAGCUGCUACCACAUCCAGGUUUGUAUUCAGUAGUAUUAGAAGUGUUCGAUUUGGCUGGAAACGUGCAGCUUGCUCGGCGGUUCAUUCUUUUCGAUGACAUUAAUAAUGUCACCUUCAAAUUAGACACUUCGCUCAAAGUGACGUCUGCUUCCCCGGAUACUGGAUUUGAAUGGUUGACAGAUCUGCAUUCAAACGUGCAGGUAGAUUGGACCAAUCAUUACAUCAAUGAGUUUCAUGACGUCAAUAAACUUCUAAAUGAGAUUGGAGAUUAUCACAGCACUGAACUAGCAUCAGCUUAUGACCAGUGGGAUGGUACUAGAGGGCGAAAUGCCAUACCGAAUAAACUGGGUGUAGUGAAGUUCGAGGAUACAUAUUCAUUGGACCAUAGUGGAUGUGCGACAUGCAGCCAAGGGAUGUGGAAUGAUAUUGGGUUGUCCACAUCUGAAUCGUAUAACAUUCCACGAAUUGACGGUGAUUCAAUCACAUUUUGGGUACAAGGCACUGACGUCAUGAAUAACACACUAAUUGACUCAGUCAAAGUUCAUGUGGAUUCUAGCGACGCCAUCAUUCAGGACCUAUGGCUUGUAAAAGAUGGCGAAAGAAACAUUGCUGUGCACAGUUCUGCAGAUUUGCUUGAAAUGGAGUUUGAAUUUCAAACAUUUGAUGCACACAGCGGACUCAAGACAAUUCACUGGGAACUGUAUGAUGUUCACGAGGGAACAAAAAUAAGUCUGGGCUCAGAUCACCUCAGUGCAGACCAUGUCAGUGGAGAUGGAAUUGUGUGGACCUGAGGUUGUAUUUAUGAGUUGGGGCAGUUGGUAAAAGUGAGUGAA